AUGUCUGAGCUAGUGAAUGCAUCUCUGCAGCCUGUGAAUCCUAAACCGUUUUUAAGAGACCUGAUUGGCAAGAAGAUCGUCGUCAAGUUGAAGUUCAACAAGACCGAGUAUAUCGGGACGUUGAAGUCUCUUGAUAACUACUUCAAUCUGCAAUUGGAUGCAGCAGAGGAGGUCAUCGAUGGCGUCUCAAAGGGAACCAUCGGUGAUAUAUUCAUAAGAUGUAACAACGUCUUGUACGUUGGCGAGCAUCUGGAAUAA